AUGUCAAUUAAGGAGCAAAUAUUUUGUGCAGAUAAAACUCAAGAGUUGUUAGAAUUGCUUACAAACUCUAAAGAUGAGAUUAUAACUGUUAAGGUCCCUCAGCUUAAAGAAGUCAGACUAACUACAAGUGCAAGAUACAUUGAUGUUCAACAAGGCACUUUUGAUUGGCUUAACCUGAGGACGGGGGUAAUAACAGCAAGUAAACUACCAUCACUCCUGGGUUUUUAUGGAAACAAAGAGUUUGAUUCAUCAUGGUUUUAUAUUCUAAACAAGGUAGAUGAAAGUAAAUGUAAACCAAAGCAAUACAGAAACUUUCAAAGAGGAAACUACUAUGAAAAAGAAGCUUUAGAGCACUUUCAGAAACUCUCUGGUAAGUCAGUUUAUUCGAAAAUAUUAAUAGUAACACAAUACUCUGAAAUUUACCAAAUAAGUAUAUUACCAGCAUAUCAUGCAGUUAAUCAUGUACAUAACAUAAUCAAAUAGGAAUACACUUACGUGAACAUAAAUGUAAGCACAAAAAUUAAUGUAAGUUUGAGUAAUCAUGUAUUGAUUUCUAUUUUUCCCUACAGGUGUCCCAGUCUCAAGUUGUGGGUUUUUCAGACAUCCAUCAAACAAACUAUGGAGCAAGUCCUGA